GUCUUCUCGUUCCAGGAAAAGGCCCAGGUGUAAAGGCGAAGAAAGGAUUGGACACAUUGCUGCAGGAAAGAUGUCGGCUUAUUUAUAGGAAUUGCUUGAAGUCAGUCAUGGUGGAUGUAGGAAAGUGGCCGAUCUUCUCUCUGCUCUCACCUCAGGAAAUUGCAUCUAUUCGGAAAGCAUGUGUUUUUGGCACCUCAGCCAGUGAAGCACUGUAUGUUACUGACAAUGAUGAGGUCUUUGUAUUUGGACUGAACUAUAGUAACUGCCUAGGAACUGGAGAUAACCAGAGUACACUUGUACCCAAAAAGUUAGAAGCCUUAUGUGGAAAGAAGAUUAAAAGCCUUAGUUAUGGGAGCGGUCCACAUGUUCUUCUCAGCACUGAAGAUGGAGUGGUUUAUGCCUGGGGUCACAAUGGAUACAGCCAGCUUGGGAACGGGACGACCAACCAAGGUGUUGCUCCCAUCCAAGUCUGUACCAAUCUCUUGAUCAAGCAAGUGGUUGAAGUGGCUUGUGGUUCACAUCAUUCAAUGGCUCUGGCAGCUGAUGGAGAAGUAUUUGCUUGGGGCUAUAACAACUGUGGCCAAGUGGGAUCAGGAUCUACAGCCAAUCAACCAACUCCUCGAAAAGUUACAAACUGUUUACAUAUUAAGAGGGUGGUUGGCAUUGCCUGUGGUCAGACCUCCUCCAUGGCUGUUCUGGACAAUGGCGAGGUAUAUGGCUGGGGCUACAAUGGCAAUGGUCAGCUGGGCUUGGGAAACAAUGGCAAUCAGCUGACCCCUGUGAGAGUGGCCGCUUUACACAGUGUGUGCGUGAACCAGAUUGUCUGCGGCUAUGCACAUACUCUAGCACUAACAGAUGAGGGCUUGCUCUAUGCCUGGGGAGCUAACACAUAUGGGCAGCUGGGAACUGGCAAUAAAAAUAACCUGCUAAGUCCAGCACACAUCAUGGUGGAGAAAGAAAGGGUAGUAGAGAUCGCAGCCUGUCACUCUGCCCACACGUCUGCCGCCAAGACCCAAGGUGGAAACGUGUACAUGUGGGGCCAGUGCCGGGGCCAGUCGGUGAUCCUGCCUCACCUCACCCACUUCUCCUGCACAGAUGACGUAUUCGCCUGCUUUGCCACCCCCGCCGUCACGUGGCGCCUUCUGUCUGUAGAGCAUGAAGACUUUUUAACAGUUGCAGAGUCACUGAAGAAAGAAUUUGAUAGUCCAGAAACUGCUGAUCUGAAGUUUCGAGUCGAUGGGAAAUAUAUUCAUGUCCAUAAAGCUGUUUUGAAAAUCAGGUGUGAACACUUUCGAUCCAUGUUCCAGUCUUAUUGGAAUGAGGACAUGAAGGAGGUGAUAGAAAUAGACCAGUUUUCCUACCCCGUGUAUCGUGCCUUCCUCCAGUACCUCUACACAGACACAGUGGAUCUGUCUCCUGAAGACGCCAUAGGUCUUUUGGAUUUGGCAACAUCUUACUGUGAAAACAGAUUGAAAAAGCUCUGUCAGCACAUUAUCAAGAGAGGAAUUACUGUGGAGAAUGCCUUUUCAUUAUUCUCUGCUGCGGUCAGAUAUGAUGCAGAGGAUUUAGAAGAAUUCUGCUUUAAGUUUUGCAUCAAUCAUUUGACAGAAGUUACACAGACUGCAGCAUUUUGGCAAAUGGAUGGCCCUCUGCUAAAGGAGUUCAUUGCUAAAGCCAGUAAAUGUGGAGCCUUUAAGAACUGAAGCACAAGCUGCUGGGUUUGUGAGUGCUCAGGGGCACUGCUGAUGCUGUGCCCAGUGUGUGCUCUACGGGUGAUGUAAUUCUGCAGGUAAAAAACCAUCAGGUUUUUUUUUUUUUUUUUCCCACAUCUGUGACACAGUCUCUGUGUAGGAAUACAUGAAGGAUGUAACGGCUUUUCUUGAGCCCAUUUUAAACAACUCUUAUUUGCAGAUAUGUAUAUUUUAAAUGUGACCUUUCUUAUAUUUGGCCUGGAACAUUGUAACAAGUUUAGCUGUUUUUGUUUUUGAUUAGAGGAACUUCUGAACAUGGAUAGGGGAAGUUGGUAAUUACCCUCCUGGGCCAUGCAUCAAGGACGUUUUGAUACCAGAAAUUGUAAUAGUUUGUGAAUUGUGAGAUGAACUUAGAGGCCCUACCAUGAAUUAAAGAUGCUGGAAGUGCUGCAUUAGUUGCUAGUUCAGGAUCCUUACUGUGAAGGAAUAGUUAAGAUUGUUUGAGGCUUUUGUUUGUGUGCUUCUGCUAUCGAUGACUUUUUUUUAACUUCAAGGUAUAUCAAAGUAAUAUUCAGUUUAACAUAAGUUAAAACUAUUAAAAUAAUUAUGUAAAGAUAAAUUUCUAGGUUAGCCAAGAUUUCUCUUAAGAUUUAAGUGCAUGAAGAGUAGUAAUUUUGAACUAUCCUUGAAAAGUUGAUAAUGAAAGAAACCGCAUUUGGAUAAGGGUGAAUAUUUUAUAAAUUAGAAUCUCCUUUACUUAUUCAACAGUGUUUUAUUUUUUAUUUCAUUAUGGUAGGAUUUGAGAACUCAAAUUUAAAUUGUCCUCCUCUUUUUCCCCUAUAAGUGCUAAUAACUGUUGAGGAAAAUGACGACGUACAGUGUACUCUUGCCUGCCUUCCUAAGUUAUUGCUGCUCAGUCAUCAGGUCUGCUACACAUAAUGUAAAGAAGUACUUCUUAAAACCGACUUUCUUUUAGGGCUUAAUGGAAUUUGCUGUACCUCUUUAGGCCAAAUACCAUCACAAAUUUGCUUAUUUGAAACUACACUACUUUUCAUUUUUGAUGUGCCUCUCCUUUUAAUUGUAUUAGGUACAAUAUUUAACUCAAUUUAAUCUUGAGAAAGGGUCAAAAUUAAGAUUUUCUUGAAAAGAUUCUAUUUAAAAUGCACGUUUUAAAAAUCUGGUUAUGAAACAUGACUUUGUGAUGUAAGAGUGUUCAACCUUAAGUUUUAUCAUGUUAUGUCCAUUGAGCUUGCUUUAAGAAUGAAGCUUUGUUCUGCUCUCUGAUAUGAACUUGUUUCUGUUUAUGUGAGCUCCCCGAGUGAACUUUCCGUGCUUGGAAGGUCCCCCUUCUGAACUUGGAGCCUGACUAGUUUCAGAGCCAAAUUAACAAGAGGGCAAAGACAUGCUGCAGCUGCUAUUUUUAGCAGUGUUUUUAAACGUGUGUUUAUUGGGGUAGGAGGGGGAGUGAGGCCCCAUAUAUAGGAGUUCACUGAUAAGCAAAAUACAUGCAAACCUAGAAGUCCCCGCCCCCUUUUCUUGAUCAUCACAAGUGAUUGAAGCCCAAUAAAUUAUUAGGUUAGAAUUAGUCCUAUAACAUGAUAGAAUUUUUCUUUCUAGGUUGAUAAAUUCACAUUAAUUUGGUUAUUAGCUAUGAUGGGUAGUGUUUGUAACAAUUACUGUUCUGUAGGGUUAUGUUCUGAACAAAAUGAGAACUUCAGUAUGUUUACUAUUGCUCUUACUUGAAAAAAAAAUUUCAAAAAAGCACAAAUUAAAGUAGUAAGUAGAUCCAUAUCCAUAGAUAGUUCGUUCAUUCAACAAAUAUUUACUGAAUUCCUAAUAUAGGUGAAGAACCACCUCUCAUAUUAGAUUACUGAGUAAUUUGUAUGAGUAUGUAUGGAAGUGAAGAGAACAAAAAUAAGUCCUUCAAAAAAUACUUGAGUAUCUUUUUAAAAAAAAUACACUCUUGUAUUUUUCUACUUGGUUUUGUUGUUAAUCAUAGCAGGAGAUGAAAACUAUUCUUUAAAUUGGUUUUUUUCCAUCUGAUGUAAUAAUGGAAGCCAAAGUAUUCACAUUUCUUAAAAUAGCCCUAAAUGUACUCUUGUUGAACUUCUUACUGGAACAAUGUUUGAUACUCUAGUAUAUAGGCUGUAUUUAUGUAAUGUUUAGAAUGACAUAUUAAUAAAGUAAUCCAUUAAAACAGG